ACAGAACCCAAAAGAAAAAACAAAGCUUUUUUACAACCAUGGCUCAAAACAAUUUGUUUCUCCUCUCCCUUCUCAUAACACUUGCAGGCCUUCAUGCUGCCCAUGCAGUCGAUUACACUGUCACAAACAACGCCGGAUCAAGCGCCGGGGCUGUCCGAUUUAACAGAGACAUCGGAGCAGACUACAGCAAGAGAACCCUUAUCUCCGCGGCCAAUUUCAUAUGGAAGAUCUUCCAGCAAAGCGCAGCCGCAGAUAGAAAGAGCGUAGCCAAAGUCAGCUUGUUUAUUGACAACAUGGACGGGGUGGCGUAUGCUAGCAACAACCAGAUUCAUGUCAGCGCCAGCUACAUAGCAGGCUACUCCGGCGACGUGAAAAAGGAGAUCACGGGUGUGCUCUACCACGAAUCGACGCACAUAUGGCAGUGGAAUGGCAAUGGUCAAGCCCCAGGUGGGUUGAUUGAAGGAAUUGCAGACUUUGUGAGGUUGAAGGCUGGGUAUGCACCGAGUCACUGGGUUAAGCCAGGUCAAGGGGAUAGGUGGGAUCAGGGUUAUGAUGUUACUGCUAGGUUUUUGGAUUACUGUAAUACUUUGAAAGCUGGGUUUGUUGCAGAGUUAAACAAGAAGUUGAAGACUGGUUAUAGUGUUAACUACUUUGCUGAUAUUUUGGGAAAGAAUGUUAAUCAGCUCUGGGCUGAUUACAAGGCUAAGUAUGGCAAAUAGAGAUGGUCCUAUAGCUGGCUAUAAACUAACGAUCGAAAUAAGGAAAAUAAGAAAUGAUGUAGAAUUUCAUCAGAUAAAUAAAUUCCAUCAAUAAAUUUGCACGAAAUGAUUAUUAA